CAACAGUUGCCCCGGUGAAGGCAAGGCGCCAUAGUCACGGUAGUCCUGGCGACAAGAACCAAGCAACGGGAGUCAACAACAACAACCUAAAUCUAAGGAAAAAAACUUUAACGACUAAAAGGGACUAAUACUGGAUUAAUCUAGAGAACUAGUGCCUCAAAGCAUUGGUUGCUAUGGCAACUUCUGGAUACUCAGAGGACCUUCAGCCUCAGCAGGCCAACACAGUAACCAUAGCAACAGCUGCAGCCACCACACCCUCAUCCGCAAAGACAGCACACUUCCUGUCGGAGAUCCCACCAACCUCUGGAACAACUACAACAGCUAACCAAUCAACCACUGCCUCAAAAACAGGACAGGAUGCACUUUGUUCUCAAGCACCACCCACCCAGAGCCAGAAGGCAGUGGUUCUGACCACUCCCACGCAGCACUAUGUAACCCCUGAAAUCCAGCACUCUACGGUCCAGAAGAGUAAUGGUCAGAGUGGCUCACCUCAGUACAUCAUAGUAACUGUGACAGAGGGUUCUGUCCACUCCAAUGACAGUCUGUCAGACUCCAGCCCGCCUGCCCCCGGUGUUCCUACUCAGGUGGUCCAACCAGUGCAGACGACCCCACAGCAGAGGUCAGUGUUGCAGGCGGUGUCGCAGGCAGCCAAGAGGAUUCAGACAGGCCACAUCAACAAUAUACAGUCUGUGCUCAUUAACCAGGAGGUGGAGCAUGUGUACUCUGGCCAGGUGCAGUAUGUGGAUGGAGCGGGAGAUGCAACUUUCACCACAUCCACCAUUCGAUCGAGCAACUACCCUUUCUCCGAUUCGCCCCUCUACUCCCAGACCCCUCCCACCUCCUCUUCUACCUACUACGAGGCUACGCCUAGCUCUGAGUCAGACAUCACCGGAUCUGUGACCUCGCAGUCAGUUUCUGUGGCAACUGGGGGAGCCAAUAGCGGAGCAGCUGCUGCAGGUGGAGCGGGCUACGUCAUUCAGGGAGGUUAUGUGUUAGGGGGAGGAGGAGCGGCAGGUGGAGGAGGAGGACAGAGUUACUCUAGCCCUAACUCUCGUGCCCCACCUGCUACUGUGCAGUGGCUGUGUGAUAACUAUGAGGGGGCGGAGGGGGUGAGUUUACCUCGCUGCACCCUCUACUACCACUACCUGCUGCAUUGCCAGGAGCAGAAACUAGAACCUGUCAAUGCUGCGUCUUUCGGCAAACUCAUCAGGUCUGUCUUCAUGGGUCUGCGUACACGAAGAUUAGGGACCAGAGGGAAUUCUAAGUACCACUACUAUGGCCUGAGGAUCAAAUCUGGCUCCCCGCUGCUCCGACUGAUGGAUGAACAACAGCACAUGGCGAUGAGGCAGCAGCCUUUCUCACAGAAAAACAGGAUAAAGCCAGUUCAGAAGGCACAGGGGAUCACCAAUGGGACAUCAGGUGGGACAGGUCAACAGCAGGCGGCACUCUGUGAUAUCUCAGCCCAGGUGCAACAGUAUCAACAGUUUCUGGAGGCAUCAAGGCCGCUGCCAGACUUUGUGGACAUUGAUCUGCAAGAUCGAACCCUGCCUGAUGGAAUCCUUUUAGAACACCUCAAGGCCUUUCAGACUCUCUACAGAGAACACUGUGAGGCCAUUCUGGAUGUGAUGGUCAACCUUCAGUUCACUCUUGUGGAGACACUGUGGAAAUCCUUCUGGAGGUUCAGCCAGAGCAAUGACACAGAGUCACUCAACCUGCACAAUGAGUCUGAGAAGCGUCUGCCCAAAUCGUGCCUGGUGGUGCUGUGUAAGUUUGAGCCAGUGUUGCGCUGGACGAGAGAGUGUGACAACCUGCUGUACCAGACUCUGGUGGAGAUCCUCAUCCCUGAUGUACUGAGACCCAUCCCUAGUGCCUUAACUCAGGCCAUCCGUAACUUUGCAAAGAGUCUGGAGAAUUGGUUGACAGGUGCCAUGAUGAACAUACCAGAAGAGAUGGUUCGCAUAAAGGUGGUGUGUGUAGGCUCUUUCUCCCAGACCCUGCGUCGCUACACCAGUCUAAACCACCUGGCCCAGGCUGCCCGCGCAGUCCUUCAGAACUCAGCCCAGAUCAACCAGAUGCUCUCUGACCUCAACCGAGUUGAUUUCACUAAUGUACAGGAGCAGGCAUCCUGGGUGUGUCAGUGUGAAGACCGUGUGGUCCAGAGGCUGGAGCAAGACUUUAAAAUGACUCUGCAGCAGCAAAACUCCCUGGAGCAGUGGGCUACCUGGCUGGAUAGUGUUGUCUCCCAGGUCCUAAAGCCCUACGAGCACAACCCUGUUGCCCUACCAAAGGCUGCCAAGGUCUUCUUGCUCAACUGGUCCUUCUAUAGUUCUAUGGUAAUCCGGGACCUGACUCUGCGCAGUGCUGCCAGUUUUGGCUCCUUUCACCUGAUCCGCCUGCUGUAUGAUGAGUAUAUGUACUACUUGAUAGAGCACAGGGUGGCCCAGGCUAAAGGAGAGACACCCAUUGCAGUCAUGGGAGAAUUUGCCAGCACUGUCAAGAGCCGAACCUCUCCAGACCUGGAGAAAGAAGAAGAAGAAGAGGAUGAGGAAGAGGAGAGCGAAGAAGAGAGUGGAGAUCUCGUGCUGCAGUCCAGCUCUCUGAGUGCGGUCGACGACGAGUCGUCUAUGGAACCGCCCACCAAGCAGCCCAGGACAACUUUAAAUUUGCACACACCUUAGCCAAUCAUCCAUAUAAUUAACACACACCACUUCACAUCCGCCGUUGCUUUAAGUUUAACAUCAUGUCAUCCCAUUCUGUCAUCAACUUCAGAUUUGCGAACAGACGAUGUUUGAUGUUAGGUGUGUGGUUGCCUGGUGCGUGUGCAAGCAUGUGAGAAAGUGGGAGAGCCCCUUGCCAAUUUUGUAUGUUCUACUUUUGUGCUGCCAUUUUUUUUGUUCUUUUGGCCUUCACCUAAUCAUUUACAAUCCUUCCCUGUGCCUUUCCACUCUCUGUUCAUCGGCUAGAUGUCAAUAGCCACUCUUGUGCAGCCUAAACUCAACAAUAUAUACAGUACAGUCUCGACUCACUCCUGCCCUGCCUUAACCACUAAACUGAUUUUUGCGGAGAGAUGAAAAAUCUUCAUUGUUCUUCAUUGUACUCUAAACUCAAAAGUAUCACCUACAUUGCCUUUAAAGCAAUGGCUAUGCAGGGGAGCUGGACUUUAAUUAAUCACACUGUCUGAAAUAUACAUUUUUUAAAUCUAAUAAUAGCAUCUGGAAUGAUACUGCAUCAUAAAAUUUUGUUGGCGCUUGGAUGUGAUUUACAGCUAUUUGUGAAUGCCGUAUUUUACUUUUUUAAAUGUCAUUUCUUAUUAAUUUGGCCAACUAACUGAUACCCUGUGCCUUUGAGAGAUUUCUAGCCUGAAAAAGAAAACGCUUGUGUUCUAUAUAUUCUGUAUUGGUGGAUCAAUAAAUGAAGGUCCUGUGAAGUA